UCUUGCCUCUUGGCCUCUGCUAAGGCCGUAAUGUUUGAAAAUUUUGUCUUGUUGUGACUUCCUUCUGGAGAUUGAUGCGAUAAGUGCGACUCAAAAAAAAAGAAAGAUUCUUCUUGAAGAGUAAUCAAUGUUUACCUACCAAAAUAUAAUUACCAACUGCUAUAUCUACUUACUUGACCAUAUUGUGAAGCCAUAACCUUGAUCUUUCUAAUUUCCAUUGCCAAAGUUCAGGCCUUUUAUAGAAAGUAAGAUGAGGGCUGUGUUUAAGUUGCUAGUAUUAGCUGAGUUGCUGGCUGUAAGUACAAUAUCACUUGCUUUUUCAUCACUUAAUGAUGCAUAUCCAACUGAAUAUGGUGAUGAACCUGGUGCUUGUGUUGGAUCUACUGAUGAGUUGAGACCAUUGAGAAGAGAGGUGUAUGAAGAUGGACAAAUAUUUGAUAUCACACACCAGUUCAAUCCUCAUACUCCUGUGGGGGAUUCUGAUGAAGGAAUUGGACAGUUUCUCACUCUUUUGUCGAGCAUGAAGAAUGGCUCUGAUUACAACUUUUCGGAAUUGAGAUUAGGUGUUCAUGCUGGCACUCAUGUUGAUGCACCAGGACAUAUGUAUCAGGAGUACUAUGAGGCAGGGUUUGAUGUUGAUUCCCUUGACCUUAGUGUUCUCAAUGGUCCUGCAUUGCUAGUUGAUGUUCCGAGAGACAAGAACUUAACUGCGGAUGUUAUGCAAUCCUUACAUAUUCCUAAGGGAGUCAAACGAGUACUUUUCAGGACACUAAACACUGACAGGCGUCUUAUGUGGAAAAAGGCAUUCGACACAAGCUAUGUCGGAUUCAUGAAGGAUGGAGCACAAUGGCUAGUGGACAACACUGACAUCAAACUUGUGGGAAUUGAUUACUUAUCAGUUGCUGCUUUUGAUGAUUUGCUUCCUUCCCAUCACGUUUUCCUGAAAAGCAGGGAAAUUAUUCUUGUAGAAGGGCUGAAGCUGGAUGAUGUAGAAGCUGGUUUAUACACUGUACACUGUCUGCCCUUAAGGUUGCUUGGUGCGGAGGGAUCGCCUAUUAGAUGUAUACUGAUCAAGUAAUACUCUCCUCGUAUCCACCUCAACCCUAAGUGAUGCACACUCUUCACAUUGUUUGCUUGGAUAAAUUGCUGGAGGAAGCACUGGAUAUAGCAUCGAAUAAGAAAAAGUGCUGCAAAGGGGACAUGUUUUCAGAAUAGUUUAGGUUUGUAAUUGUUCUUAGCUUUUAGGCCAAAAACGCUUAGUAUGAGCAAUAAUCUGUAGAUUUCAUGGUAUGUUUCAUGGAUUGACAGAGAAUAAUUGAUAUAUUUAGAUCCAAGUUAUUUGUCUUAA